AUGACACAUAUGUUAGUUUUGUCAAUUUUUUUAGAAACACAUUUGGAAAUUGGUUCAUUAACAGAAGAUUUUAACCAACUUAAAACCUUUUACCAAACUGAGAAAGAUUAUGAAAUCAAAAUAAAGAAAGUACUAGAAAUGAAUGAGCUUUUUUCUGAAAGCACAUAUUAUAUAGAAAAUGAUGAAGAAAUGCCAUAUUUUAAUAAUUAUGUUAUUAGUCUAUUGCAAAUUAAAAAAUUUCAAAAAAUAUUUUACCAAAAUACAAUUAAAGAAAACAACGAACAAGAAAUUAAUGUAAAAUUACCCAUUAUAUUAGAUCAACAAGAGAAAGAAGCAUUUACUAAUAAACUUUGUACAAUGGUCUGUUGUAAAACCAAAACAUGUUUAACCAAAAUCAACCAUGAAUCCACAUUUAAAAAAUUUGAUAAUAUUCAAAAAUCAAUAAAAGUUGAGUGCAAUAUGUUUUUAUUAGAGAUGCUUUAUGCAAUGAUUCAUUCAAAAAAGACAUUACACGAUAAAGAAAAACAGUACAUAACUGUUAAAUAUACAUUUGAUGGAAAUGAAAUUUGUGAAAAGGCUUUUCAAAUUAAUAUUCACUAUCGAAUAAAAAAUGUAAAACUAUUCAUCAACAUUAUCGUAUAA